AUUUCUAUUAAGAAAAACAUUUAACUCAUUCGGCGAGGCUGCUAAAACCGAUGACGUGUCCACGGAGUCCUUCUGACUUCCGGGUCUACGUUAACGGUGUGGAGUAGAGACCACAGUCACCAAGAAAAUGUCUAAAGUCACGUUUAAAAUCACUCUGACGUCGGAUCCCCGGCUACCCUACAAAGUACUCAGCGUCCCAGAGAGCACGCCGUUUACAGCCGUGUUGAAGUUUGCAGCGGAGGAGUUCAAAGUACCAGCAGCCACCAGUGCCAUCAUUACUAACGACGGUAUCGGCAUCAACCCAGCUCAGACAGCAGGGAAUGUGUUCCUGAAGCACGGUUCAGAGUUGCGCAUCAUUCCCAGAGACAGAGUGGGAGGAAGGGGAGUAGGAACAGACCGAUCUUCCUCAUCCUCCUCCUUGAAGACCCAAUGACUCAAACACACACACACACCGGCUGAAUCAUGUUUCACUUCUGACCUGCGGAACACUCAGUGUGUUUGUGUAUAUAUUUUCUAGACCUGAAAUUAUUACACACACACACACACACACACACCUACACACCUACACAAAGAGACACUGCAGCAGCAAGAUUAAUUCUGUCUAUCCUGUCUGCACUCUCCAAAUGCAGCGUCACCCCAUGCUACCCAUAGAUACUCUCACACUGAAGUAAUUGAUGACACACAGACACACACACACACACACACUCUGGCGGCUUCAAGAGAAGGACUUGGCGGAAGCUUAGCAGACAAUGUGCUUGUGAACAGUUGUAGUUUUGUGUACCUAUUUUAGUUGUAUUGGUAAAUGGCUAAUAUAUCUGCCUCUUUUUUUUGCCGAACGAAAUCUGUGGGCAUAUUUAGGGAUGUAUGUACUUACUUUUUGAAGAGGACUGCAUUAAUGUGGGUUUGUACUACACAUUCAAAUGAUUUAGCUUGUUCAGCAUGCUUUCAGAGAGCAUUGUUAUAUCACUCAUUUAAUAAAUGAUGCUUGUUCAAGGAAGCUGUCUGUUUUUAGGUGGUCUCGUCUAGCAUCCUUUUCCAGAGACGAAUACUGUCCAAGCGAGCAUCCAUAACUUUUACAAUGCAGAUUUUUCUGGAAUAUAUUCAUGUAUUGCAUUUCCCCAUUUUAGCCGAGAUCAUUUUGUAAUGCCAUUAUUUCAAGUCUGGUUUGGGGCGGUUAAGCAAAACCAUGAUGGUUUUUCAAUAUUCUCUGGACAUGGGUUUUUCUAUCUUGUACCCUCCAGAAUUGACUUGCCAAGUUAAAUAAAAAAAAUAAAAAUGGUAUUGUGAUAAACUGAA